AUGGAGCCUGACACUAAGGCUAGAAAAGUUGUGUCUGGCGGGCCGAAGCAGCUUGGCCUUCCUCAGGUUGUGAAAGCAAAACGGUCUGCAGAGCCACUGCUAGUAGUUCGAGGCAACGAAUCACCGCUCGAUACGUUCCAGGAGAUUUUCAGCUGCGAGCUCGCUGGGACUGUUCUGUUUAUGCAACGUCGAACUCGCCCAUAUAAGACGAAGACUAUUCGGAAGUACACCUCGGAGAUCAGGCACAAGAUUUUGUGCAUCUUCCAGCGGAUUCACCACGAGAACAUCAUGUGCGCCGAAGAAUGUUAUGUCAACGACGGCACAGUAUUCGCCGUAGUCGACAACCUUCCUCUGACGCUCGAACACUUGGUGCAACUUUGUACCCUCUAUCCAACGGAAGGUCAGCUAGGGUCUAUAAUCGCACAAGUUUUGAGCGGUAUCACUUAUUUGGCGACUGUAGACUUCGAACAUCGAGCCUUGACCUGCAAAAAUAUUCUGCUCGGCAAAGAUGGUACGGUCAAAAUUGCCGCGUUGGAGAACUGCGUCUCACGAUCGACAAACCAAUCGCACCUUCCAACCAUAAAGGCCCUAGGCGAUCUGAUGAUGUAUCUUAUGCAGAAGUGCGCAAGAAAAGAUGGGGUGUUAGGAGUCGACAACGUGAAACGCUGGCCGCUGGAUUCGGCCGCCGUCGAUUUUCUAACCUUGAUCUCUUCAAGUACCUCUCUCUGUCCACUCACGCAGCACGUACUGAUCACAAGGGAGAGCGGGAAUCGUAGCGAUGUUGCUGGCUUGGCUAGCCAGAUCCUUCUCUAUUACAGAGACCAUUUACUCUCCGAUCCUGCACUUUCAGCUUUCUGA